AUGGUAAUCAUAAUAAUAAUUAACCACAAAAACGACUCCCAUUCCUUUUUAAGGGAAAAUUUGGCGUUGCGCUUGUUUUUGGGUACCACUGUGCGUGGCCAUGCCGCGCACAUCAUUAUCACCAUUGUUCUCUCUCCCUCACUUUCAUUGUCUCUGCCUUUUCUUUCCCCCCUUUUUACUGUUUACAGCCGGCAUAUCUGCGAUGUCGUGGUUUGUAACGGGGGGGAGAGGCACCUGAACCUUCAGUGUUCCCCAUCAACCACCGAGCUCAUGACGGACACGCGCUGCAUGACACCCUCUCAUUUGGGCAUGUUUUGCGGGGCGAAUGUGGCAGGAGAUUUGCCGCCCGUACGCAGCAUGAUGUACCUCUUUGUGCGGGCACGGCGAAAGGCUGGGGUGUGA